AUACAUAUGACAGAUAUGAUCGAAUAGUUAUUUUUGGAAACAUCUUACAAGGUUUUUUCAUAAUGACAACAUAUUCAACGGUCGCAAUCCUAUAUAUUCUCCUGCAGAUUCUAAGCCUUGUAUUAUUAUCAUGUCUAAUGUGUACAAUUUUAAAAUCAAAACCAUAUUUUACAAAAUGGACAUUAUUUCAAAUAUGUAUAACGGCAUUUGGAAGUGGUUUAACUAAUCUCCCAGUAGUAGUAAUCUAUGGAGAUGAUUUAGUAAAACGAGCAUAUGAUAACCCUUUAUGUAUGAUCUUACAGAAAUUUUCAUUAUUUUUCAUAUAUCCUUUUGAGUUCUUCAGUUGUGCCUUAUCUUUCUAUUUAUGGUACGCAUUGGUUAAAAAGGAUUUAGAUAUUGAAAAAAAAUGUUUUCGAUACGUUUCCAUUAUUAGUUGGGUUUAUACAACGGUUUAUAAUGGAAUUUUGUUGAAAUUUGCUAUUAAAGAAACUAAUUGGGGUGUUUAUGCUAGUUCUUUGAAUUGUAGAACUAGUAAAUUAGCUGAAUCUUUUUAUGGAUAUAUUAUAACAUCAUCUAUAUCGGCAUUUUUGGCAAUUUUAAUGUCAUGUCAUUCAGCAUUUAUAUUAUAUAGACGUUGGUCUCAUUUUGCUACUAUUAAGAAUAGAAGAACAGCGAUAAGAUUAGGCGAAGCUGUGCGUUCAUGCGCUUGGUGUUUUGUAUUUGUGAUUUCAUUGGCUAUACCACUUGUGCCUCGAGCCAUACAAAGAGAAAAUGAUCCAAGUAAAAACAAUACUAUUGCAGUAAUUUCUGGUUUUGGCUCAGCUUCAGUUGGGACAUUUUUAUUUUUAAUAUUCGGAACGAAUAAUAAAGCAGCUUACUUUCUUCCAUGUUAUUAUGCUCCACCAGAUAAUUUGCGAUUUACAAUGCCUGAUGAAGAAUUACCUAGAAUGCCUGAUGCAUGUUUAAAAUCGAACGUAGAUGAUGAAUAUCGAUUUAGUGAUAAAGGUUCUUAUAACACGCUAUACGAAGACUAUGAUAUAAAUAUUGGGAGUUCUAACAAUAUAUGUCAUAUGUAAGAAAACAAACAAAUAUAAGUACUUUAUAUGUAUAUGUAUAUAUUUAUAUUUAUAGAUU